AUGAACAGCAGUACAACCCAACAAGAUAACACUUUACUUGAUAUUCCACUCACUAAGCCGGGUCAGGACCUCAAGUCGGAGACCUACAAAGAGACUCCACCUAUGUCCGACUUUAUCUACCCGACUAAGAAACCGACUACAUCUGAAUCCCAACCAUCGUCAUGCUGGCGCACUCUAUUAAAGGAAGACGGGACCUUUAACUAUAACUCUGCUAUCAGCUGUCUGAUAAGCUUUUUGUGGUUACCACUCCAGUUGGGGUUCUUGACAUCUCUAAUGGUAUUCAAAGAAGCAAAAGAGGCGGAUAUAACGGCCAAAUUACUUGCCAGCCAAACUGAGGCACCGGAACUAUACGGUCUAUGGCCAUUGCACUAUCUCACUUCCAUUCUUUUGGUUCUACAGAUCAAUACUAGCUGGAGUUGUUUUUUGAGCAGCAAUCCAACCCUUUCCACUACCUAUAAAGUCAUCAAAGGCUUUAUAGUUAUGACAGUGGUCAUUUUCUUUGUCCAAGGCACGUCUAUGGCCAUUAGUCGCCUCUGCCACUUUGGUACCGACUACAUCCUCAAACACUAUGACUGUGGCGGGCUUAGUGUCUUUAUCACUUGGGCCUUCAUGCUGACCGUAUACAUGUCGGUCGGUCAUUGGGGGGUGCACUUUGCCUCUAAACAGGCUAAAGAUCUCAUUCUUAUUACUUACAUCUUCUUGGCCGCCCUUAUGUUCGUGGAUGUUGUUUAUCUCAUCUACUAUUAUCAGCAAUUUGGAGUUGGCGAAUGCCAUGCUAACAUAUAA